GGUAUCCUAGCUGUCAAAAUCUGUCAUUUGGGAAUUUGAUUGGGCUUAGGGAGUUGUAUAUUGGAACGUAUGAAGAGCCAUGUCAUCUUCCAGCUAGCAUCUAUAAUUUACAACAUAUAGAGAAACUCGUACUUGAUGGCAAAUUCAUAUUUCCAAGGGAUGUGGAGAUUGAUAGACAGCCACUGUGCAAUUCUCUGGGAGGCUUUUCCAAAUAUGUUUUUCCAAGCUUGAAAGACCUAACUCUUGUGUUCUUUUCUAAUCAAUCAGAAAUGGAUUUUAUUUUGAAUUAUUGUUGCCCCGUCACAUUGGAAACAUUAGACGUCUUCUUAUGCAAAGAUGUUACCCUCCCAGAAAGCAUAAGCAGAUGUGAGAGAUUACUUUCGCUUAGGAUUCCAGCUGGGGAAAUUCCUAGGCUUCCACGAAGUUUAAGAUGUUUAAAUGUAUCAAGAACUUGGCCUACUCCGCUGAGUUUUAAAUCGAUCUUUCAUUGGUUUGGAGAAUCGAUAGGGGUUCCACCAAAUCUACCACCAUGUUUAGGUGUGACAAGCCACAUGUUAAUGGGUACUCCCUCAUCUACUACAAUAUCCUGUGGAAGUGCUUUCCCAUUUGGCAAGAAAUGUGUCAACAAUAAGUUUGCAAGUUGUUUCAACCAUCAAAGGAAUGGAAAUUUAAUAUCAUUCUUAAUUGGUCCGGAAUUUCCAACAAUUGCUCUCUGUGUUGCUUUUAAGUCAAAUACUCCUUUGUAUUAUUAUUGUCAUGCCAUCAUUUCCAUCAAUGGUAGUAAACAAACGACCAAAAACAUACUGAUUGAAAAGGCUUUGCAUUAUGAGGAAGUGUGGUGUUUUUCUUGUAGCUCAUUGCAGGAACUAUUUGAGGGCUUCAAUCUUGGUGAUGAGAAUCUUGUUGAGAUCUUCUGUGAAACCACUCCUUGUCCGCUACGUACAAUGCAUAUUAGGAACUUAUAUUGUCCUAAUAUUGAAUGGAUAGGAGUCCAUGUACAAUGCAUUUGUCCUCCACCUCAAAUAUCCAGUAUCCUCCAUGACUACUAUUGUAUCCAACCCCGAGGCCGUCGAAUUUCAAAGAGAAAUGUGCACCAACGGCUUAGACCAUCUCUUCUCAAAGGUCCAAAUUUUAUUCUGCGUAGACUGUACAAUACCCAGUACCGUAGUACCCUGUGGCCAACCCCAAGUACUUCUCUUCAACCAUUACUAAAAGCAAGAAAAAUCAGCAACAAAAAAAGACUCUUAGUAGCAAGGUGCCGCAAAUGUUUGUGUAGAGCUCAAACCCGUUGUCGGUGUCCCAAGGAGGUUGGCUCCACAUAUUCAGCAGGACCAGUUUCAGUGCAUUCGAGCAAUUUGGAAAGUCGGAUUAUCUCAAGUGCUAUGAAUGGUGGCGGGUCAUCCUCAGUUUCUAAUUUAGGGCUUUUAAUGGAUGUGAAAAAUGGGUCUGACUUGGGUUUGGAAUUUGACUCAACCAUUAGUGAUCAGCAUCCGCAGUCAAAGAAAAGGAGAACCUCUUGAUCAAAUUUCGAAGAAACAUGGCAAGGUUGGCACACCCUGGAGGACCAUUGAUGAUGAACAAGGCAGCGGCAUUGUUGAAAUUUAUAGAAAAUGUUAAUGAUUGGCACACCCUGGAGGAUCAUUGUGAUUACAAAAAAGAGAAGAAGAAAAAAGUUUGUGUUUAAGAUGUUUGCCUUAGAACUCAUUGCUAGAUCCUUUCUUUGGUGGAUAUUGGUGAUAUCAUGUUGUUCAAGAAUUGAAUAUAAGUGUGUUUUUAUAUGAUGUCAUAAUUUUGCAUUUCUCAUUGGCAUUGAAAUGUUGAUAUUAGUAUUAUGCUUAUAUUGAUCCUGCUGUGGGUAGUGAUAAAUUUGGUUAUGCAAAAGAUUUAUUUAUUAAUUAUUAUUAUUCUAGAAAGCAUGCUUAAAACAAACAAGAUAGAGUCAUAAGCUACCAAACACCCCCCCACCACCCCCCACCCCAUCUCUUAUUAUGAGUCAUGUCAAACAUAGAUGGACUCUUUUCCCACAAGAGUUUAAUAUAUUUUGAAGAAAUUUGGCCUUUUAGCAUCUCCAAAAUCUAUAUACUAAUGGCCAGUAAACCAUGGUCUGCUUUGCACAAGGAUCAGUAAUAUGUUUAUAGUUUAUUGUGACCUAAGCCAAUUAUGACAUAACUAGUACCUAAUGAUAAAACAUUUUUUGCAAACUUCUCUUUAUUAUGGGAAAAAUUAACUUUUUUUAAUCCCCCGGUUCAAUAACACAAAAAAAAAAAAAAAAGGUAAAAGGAAAGUGUUAUAGAGAAAUGAGUACAGGGUAUUUGGCUUUGCAAAUUCAUGAUUGAUUGGACUGGUCUUGAUGUUCUUUUUUCCUUUCUGAUUGUUUCUGGAAGUAAUUGUAAUUUUUUUUUUUUAAUUUGUUGCUUUAUUAACCAGAUAAGAUCUAAAGGCAGUUUGACUGAUUUAAAUUAUAUUGGUUAUAUUUUAGCAUGUGUUGAUGUGUAUUUCAAGAAGUAUCAUCUGCUUUUAAUGAAUAAAAGCUAAUCACCAAGUAGGUAUUACAAUGAAUAGCCUUGUCCCAGCAAGUUAAGUGCACUCAAGUAAAGAGAACUUUGAAAUGUUUUGAUGAAUGAAUAGUUAUCUCCAUAAUAAGAUUAUUGGGACCCAAUAGAUUUAUCAUUCCCGAAAGUGAAUGUCUGAGAAUGAGCUUGACAUCAACAAUGGAUCAUUACCUCAUUGAUUUGUCAUGAAAACAGGUACUUGGAGGGAAUAAAGUAGGUCAUGGACUUGUUGUCGAAGUUUGGACUGAAAUGGUCAAGAUGCUCUCAGGCAUAGGUAUAAACAUUUGAGAAGGCAAUAUAAUGACAUAAAGGUUCUUCAAUAGAGUGGGUUAUCUUGGGAUGAAAUAGGAGAAAUGGUAACCACUGAGAUUAUGUCUAGGAUUCUUAUACCAAGGUGCAUCCUGAUGCUUGGUCUCAUAGAAAUUAAACUGUUCUGAGUUGUUACAAAUUGCUGUUAUAUAUGUUGAAAGGGGUUUCUAAGGGAGAUGUAGAAUUUUCAUGCAAUGCAGAUUUCAACAAUGAAGACCCCAAUUUGAUGAUUGCUUCUGUUGGAGGGUAUAACCAAGUGGUUCAAGAUAUUGGUUGCAUGUAAUGGAGCCAGUGAGAUUUUCUUUUCACAAGCCUAUAACAGGCUGUAGCAUUUGGUACUCAGUGCUUUUGAACAACUCAGGAUUUGCAACCUCAUCAUGAAAGACCAGAGAGGCCUGUUAAGGGUGUGCACAGCUCCUAAUAGUUGACAAUUGGUGAUCACUGCUAAAGGGUUUUGGCAAGCUUCUUCUGAGAUGGAGAGGCGGCCGGGGUGGCAUGCCAGCUUUUGUGGUCAAAUCACAGAUAUUGGAGGAUGCAAGUGUUAUUUGCUGAAGAAGAGAAGGCUACCUUGAAGAUUAGAAGUGAUAAUGGAAGACACUUCUGACUUGCUGAAGCAGGGGAUGAAAGUGUUAUUUGCUGUUCAUAACAGUGUGGAGUGUGGAUUGUCAUUAUGAUGGAGGAGGGGUGCUGAGGCAAGUUUCAUCAGGGGAAGGUGAGGGGGAGAGAGGUUUGGUUGAAAAAGACUGCUAGAUCAGAGAGGUUUCAGGAAAUUUGGAGGAAGUGAAACCUGGUUUUGGUCCUGUUGAGCUCUUGGAAUGGUAUGUUUGAGAUGUGACUUUUGUUUUUGUUUGAAUGUUUUUAGAGUUUAUGUAUAUAUCUGGUGCUCUAUGUGUUCUACUGCUUUAUUUCUAUGAGAAUGAGCUUAAUUUAGUAAUGAUGUGUCGUUUGGAAACUGGCUUUGGGGAAUUAGAUGGGAGUUACAUGAUUAUAUUACUUUACUUGGUAACCCAGCUAUUGAAGUGGAAAAAAGUUUGGAGAUGGAGUCUAUGUUAAAUGAGAUAUUGCUAAAUAUAUUCAAUCGUUACAAACUCGACAGUCUGAUUCCCUCUCUCUCUUUCACACACACUAACACACACACACACACACCCACACAUGCAUACAUGUACGUAUUUCUAUGUAUAUCUGCCUUUUUGUUUUGGUAUAUUGGUGAAUGUUAUUUUCUUAAAGGCAGUUCCAUAAUAAGGCUUUUAAAACCUCUGAAUUAUUGUAAAAUUAAGACUAUCAAAUGCAGGAUGUUGAGUAGUAGAGAAAUUAGGAACAUCAAGUUGACUAUGUAAAUGAUGCUAAUGCAGGGGAAAAAAAGAAGGUUCUUCUUUGACCAAAGAAAAUAUGAACAAGGGCAUAUGUGAUUCUUUGGAGCCAAAGCAUGAAAGAUAAUUCAAUUUUUAGGUUUCUCUGUAUACGAGGGUCAUGGAAACAGCACCAUGUUGUUCAAUAUAUUAUUUGAGGUAAAACAUCGUUAAAGUACCUGGUGUGCAAUAUAAAUCGAAGGCUUAUUCUUUAGAUGGGUUCAAGAAGAGGCAGUUCUAUAUGAAAAUAUUUUUCUUAAUUUUUGAGAUUUAGGGUCUGAAGAAAGAAUGCAGCUGUAAGGUGAUUUUGAGAGGUGUACCUUGAUAUUUUCUUGCUCCUAGAUAUGCCAAGCUUGACUAAGUAGAUAGAAUAAACGUUAAUAAGAGAAUUUUCACUUGAAAAUAUUAGUAGGCCCCAUGCACUGGAUCAUGUGGAACAUUGUUAAUUUGCUCUGAUGCUGAUUCAGCGGAACUAUUUCUGAAUUUUGGAUUUUUGUGUACUGAGUCUAUGAAAAUUGGAAUGACAUUAUGAAGAAGUGUGGAAGGCAUUGUGAAUGAUCAACAAAGCUAGAUGCCCAUUUGGAACUGCUGGUAGAAUACGUGAAUGCAUCAAAUAAACUUCUAGAAAUGGUUCUAAAGUGCUUGGUCAAUGUAUUGGCCUUGAAAUGUCAGUGGGGUCUCCUGAUUAGUAAAUUCGUUUACUUUGUCUGAGUCAUUAAAUUUUAUUACGUGCCUGCUUUUAAGUUUGUAUAUUCCUUGUGGUGAUGUAUAGACUUAUAUUAAUGAAAUGAAAGUUAACAAAACAAUAAUUUUUUU